UAGAGCUCCUUAUCUUACACCUCCCUCAAUGAAAAGAGACAUGCAUGGAGGAACGAUGUCCAGCCUGCUGAAGAUACUUCUCCUGUUCCUGCCUGCGGUCCUGCACAGAGCCAACGGACAUUCCCUGUCAUUGCCAGUCUGGUGCUUUUGGAGUAAAGAGGAUCUACGUGACAUGGAGCUCCUAGAGUCUUACGUCUUCAAUAAGAUAAACCACAUGGAGUUUAACAGCUCUGUCGGGAAGUAUGUGGGAUUCACUAAGUUAGGCAUCAGAUUAGCAGCGGAAUGGAACACAGACACUGCAGACCUGAAAAAACGAAAAGGCCAAGUGGAAACUUACUGUAAACCAAAUGUUAGGAAUUACUACCUCUAUGUCCUCAGUAAAUCAGUUGAGCCCCUGGUUGAACUGACAUUGGUGAAGCAGUCAGACGGCUCUCACCCGGCCAUGCUGAUGUGCAGCGCCUACGACUUUUACCCAAAGCUCAUUAAAGUGACCUGGAUGAGAAACGGUAAGGAGGUCGAGGGAGAUCAGACGUCCAUAGAGGAGAUGGCUGAUGGAGACUGGUACUAUCAGGUCCACUCACAUCUGGAGUACAUGCCUGAAUCUGGAGAGGAGAUCUCCUGUGUGGUGGAACACGCCAGCUUCAAAAAGCCCAUGAGCUAUAAGUGGGUUCCCUCUACGUCUGAACCUGAUAAGAGUAAGAUCGCUAUCGGGGCUUCAGGUCUGGUGUUGGGGGUCGUGCUUUCAGCUGCUGGGUUCAUCUACUACAAGAAGAAAUCCUCAGGACGGAUCCUGGUGCCGACAUGAAGACGGGUAGAGUUUGAGGUUGGCACAUUGAUUUACAUUUCCAUAAAACAUAGCGGACCGACACCAGCAGAUGACGCGGCUCCCCAAACCCCCACUGACUGCAAACUUUACACUGGACUUCAAGCAACUUGGACCUGUGCCUCUCCUCUCUUCCUCCACUGGGAUCUUGAUUUCCAUCAAAUGAAAUAGAAAAUUUACUUUUAUCUGAUAAGAGGUCUUUGGCCCACUGAGCAAACGCUGUCUAGUCCUUUUGGUCCUUAGCUUUUUUCCCUCCAUUAAACCUUGCAUUAAUGUUCUUGGACACAGCACUCUGUAAACAGCCAGAUUCUUCAGCAAUGACCUGUUGUGGUCCACUGAACCAGACAGAAAGACCAUGUAAAGGCUCAGGAAACCUUUGCAGGUGUUUUGAGUUAAUUAGCUAAUUAGAGUGUGACACCAUGAGUCUCCAGUAUUGAACUUUUUCACAAUAUUCUAAUUUUUUAAAUAAACACUUUAAAUACAUCA